GUUUAACAAAAUGUUGCGAUUUGUCGUUUUAAGUGCGAUUGUAGCUAUUAGCUUAGCUGCUCCAAAUAAUAGGAUUGUCAAUGGAAAUGAUGCUAAAGAAGGACAGUAUCCGUAUGUUGUAUCUUUACGUGGACCUACUGGAGGUCACACCUGUGGUGCCUCGAUUAUUGACAGACUCUGGAUUUUGACUGCAGCUCAUUGUGUUUAUGGAAGAGAAGACUUAGAUUUUUCGGUUCAAUAUGGAGUCACCACAAUCUCACAAAAAGGUGAUACUGUAGUUGAUGUUGAUGAAAUAAUUGUACACAAAGGAUAUAAUCCUAGUAACAGUUAUAUCAACGACAUUGCACUUCUCAAGCUAUCUGAACCCUUAAAAUAUAGUAAAUUUGCGCAACCAGUUACUUUGCCAGAAGCAAAUGAACAAACUAAACACAAUGCACCAGCUACUCUUGUCGGAUGGGGAAUAAAUUCUACUACCGACGGAGUUUUGCAAACACAUCUGCAAGAAUUGCACUACCAGAUCGUCGGAUCCAAGGAAUGUGGUGAUUUGCACUUUAGACCCAUUUAUAAAGAGCAAAUUUGCGCAGCUUAUCCAGAUUAUGACAGAGCACAAUGCAGUGGAGAUUCUGGAGGUCCAUUGACCGUAGAUGAGGUACAAGUUGGCAUUGUAUCUUGGUCUGUGAAACCUUGUGCAGUAGCUAGAUUUCCAGGUGUGUUUACUCAAGUCUCAUUCUACAGAGAUUGGAUCAAGGAGCAUACUGGAGUUUAAAUGUACAAAAACAUAUAUUAUUUGAAUAAAAUUUGUUCUAAAAUUA